AUGAGCUCCCGUGGCCGCCCGCCCCUUCCCCAGGGCCGGCUGCCCAGGUCUGCAGGCAGCAGCAUCAGGAAGGGCCUGGAGCCUUGUGGGGGCUCUGAAGCACCCCAGCCGGCCCUGGUCCUGUACUGCUCCUCCAGGCCUCAGAGGCCACAGGCAUCCCGGCUGUGGGACAGACAGCCAGGACGGUCUUGGGCUCCCACUCCGGCUCCAUGUCCAGGGUACCCUCUCCAGGGCUCCUGGAGUCCACUGGCUGCUCGGAGCCUGCAGGUCCCAGGAAGGGCGGCCCAGUGGACAGGAAGAAGGCUGGCACGAUGCCUGACUCCCCGGCCGAGGUGAAGACGCAGCCCCGGUGCACACCCCCCAGCGUGCCGGCUCCGCCUCCCACUGCCACUCAGGGCGCCGCACGCCCCCCGUCCUUCACACCUCACACGGAUGGAGAGGACGGGCCUGCGACCUCCCUGCCCCAUGGCCACUUCCAUGGCUGCUUAAAGUGGUCAAUGGUCUGCCUCUUGAUGAACGGCACCAGCCACUCACCCACAGCCGUGCACGGCACCCCGUCCACGCCCAGUGGCAUCAGCAAUGGCCCAUCGUCGUCGUCCACGGCCACGCUGUGCACACAGCACCUGCCCCCUGCAUGCGGGGCGCGGCAGCUCAGCAAGCUCAAACGCUUCCUGGCCACGCUCCAGCAGUUCGGCGGUGACAUCUCUCCAGAGAUUGGCGCACGUGUCCGCACGCUGGUGCUCGGGCUGGUGAAUGCCACGCUGACCAUCGAGGAGUUCCACGCUAGGCUCCAGGAGGCCACCAACUUCCCACUGCGACCCUUUGUGGUCCCCUUCCUGAAGGCAAACCUACCCUUGCUGCAGCGGGAACUCUUACAUUGUGCCCGCCAGGCCAAGCAGACCCCUGCCCAGUACCUGGCCCAGCACGAGCGCCUGCUGCUGGACACCAGUGCCUCCUCCCCUAGUGACUCCUCCGAGCUGUUGGAUGUCAACGAGAAUGGCAAGAGGAAGACGCCAGACAGGACCAAAGAGAAUGGGCUGGACCGAGACCCACUCGGCAAGCGGCCUUGCACUCUGAGCCCUGCCCAGCGCUACAGCCCCAGCAGUGGCCUGCCCCCGCCCACACCUCCACCCCCGCACUACCGUCUGGAGGACAUGGCCCUGGCCCACCACAUCCGCGACCCCUACCGCCACUCUGCAGAGCUGCGGGAGCGCCAUCGGCAGCUGGGGGUGCCUGGGGUGCGGCCGGAGGAGGUGGUUGACCACCGGCUGACGGAGCGCGAGUGGGCCGAGGAAUGGAAGCACCUCAAUGGACUCUUGAACUGCCUCAUGGACAUGGUGGAGAAGACACGGCGUUCGCUCAUGGUGCUGCGCCGGUGCCAGGAGGCUGACCGCGAGGAGCUCAACCAUUGGAUCCGACGCUGCAGCGACACUGAAGACCUGAAGGGCCCCCUGGCAGCCGCCACCCGGCCCCUCGGCAGCUCUGGCGCCGAAGGGUCCCAGCUAGAUGUGCCCCGGGACCUCCUGCCCAGGGCCCUGUCCGGCUACAUGCCUGAGGAGAUCUGGAGGAAGGCCGAGGAGGCGGUGAACGAGGUGAAACGGCAGGCCCUGUCGGAGCUGCAGAAGGCUGUGUCCGACGCAGAGCGCAAGGCACACGCGCUUAUCAGCACUGAGCGUGCCAAGAUGGAGCGGGCGCUGGCCGAGGCCAAGCGGCAGGCCUCAGAGGAUGCACUGACCGUUGUCAACCAGCAGGAAGACUCCAGUGAGAGCUGCUGGAACUGUGGGCGCAAGGCCAGUGAGACGUGCAGUGGCUGCAACGCGGCGCGUUACUGCGGCUCCUUCUGCCAGCACAAGGACUGGGAGAAGCACCACCACGUGUGUGGCCAGAGCCUGCAGGGCCCAGAGGCUGCCUCGGGUGCCGACCCGCUGCCCCCGCAGCCCGAUGCUGCCAGCCCUGGCCAAGCGGGCUCCGCAGGGCCUUCCCGCCCCAGCUCACCCACUCUGCCUGGCCCACUAGAUGCCACCGUGGGCCGCUGACCUACGCAGCCACAAACGCCAUGCUCCACAGCCCACUCAGCCCUGGCAGGGGCCUCUGCUGCUGUUUUGAAAGGAAGCCGGAACCCUGGAGCCUGUGCCCAGGGCAGCCUCCCAGCAACCCAGCAACCUCAUUCAGACCCCUCGCCCAGCUCCGCAGCUGCAGAACACCCCAUGACCUCCCGACAGCUUUAGCAGAGCUGCACGCCCAAGCUGUGCCCGGCCUUCUCGCCCCGCCAGUCUCUCCUACCUUGGCGACAUUAAUUUGCUUUCUUUCUAACGAAGAAGCCUCUUGGGUGGCUCACCCGUGUUUUCAGCAGGAAGUUCUCCAAGUUUGGUUCCGUUGGUAGAAGAACCUCUCGGAAAUGGACCAGACGGUGGGCGUCCCCCACCCACUCCCAACACACUCCGAGCUGAGAUCUGAACCCCGCAGACCUGUGUCUUUCACUAUUUCCGUCUCCAGCUCGAAAAGCAGCUUUGCUUCCGUGGCUUCUCCCUCGUAGGCUUUAACUAAAAAUCCAAAAAAGUUUUUGUGAACAGUCAAGGGCAGCUGGCCUACUCGCCCGCCAGUCAAGAAUGCCAGUCACUCCUCCAAAGGCCACUGAAGCCCCAAACCUCAUCACUGCCAAAGCGUGUCCUUGCCCGCCAGCCCAGCCGUGCCAGGCUCUCCUUGCCUCGUUGCUGUGCCUGGUCAUGCCUGCGGUACCCAGAGGCUUCUGCCAGGAAGCAGCCCCUCGUUUCCUUA